AUGGAAGCUACCACCACAUCGUCUAUUGCUACUGCAGUUGCUUCCUCUUCACCAGCAGUCACAGCUCCAAAUGAUAUAAUAUCAUCAUACUUACCGAGAGUGGAUCAAUUCUAUAUCCCAGAAUGGUUAACUAUGCAAUUUAUAGCAAAUAAUUUGAUAAGUUUCACUCCCUUAUUCUCAUAUGGUACAACAAUAAUAAGUAUUGAAAAAUCCAAAACAGCUCUAGGGUUUUCAAUAGAUAUAUGUGCAACAAUGUUAAUUGCUAGUAUAUUGAGAGUUUCAUACUAUUUGAUUACUCCAUAUGAAAUCACUUUAUUAAGACAAGCUUUGGUAAUGAUCUUCAUUCAAUUGAUGCUACUCAAUACAAGUUUGAAAUAUAGACCUGAUGAGUACAAAUAUCAAAAUUUGAAAAACGUGGAAAGUUUUAUUGAUCUAAUUAAAGAAGUUUGGUACGAAUCCUUUGAAAUGUCCUUUGAGGAGGUUAAAACUAAACAUAAUAACAACAAUAAUGAUGAUGCAACCUUCAAUGAUAAAGGUAAAGUAUUAUCUGACAUGUUCCAGAAAAGUUUAAAUUUUUCUUAUAAAUGUCUAUUGGUCUUCAUCUAUAAAUUUUUGAAAUUCUUCGAUCCAAGUUUCAAAAGAUUUGGUUCCUUCUGGCAAUGGAAUAAUACAAAGGUAUUUUGGAGAUUUUUAAUAAUAUUUACUUUAAUUCAAAUGAUUGUAACUUUCUCUAUCUCAAAAAUACUAAAUUGGAGCUCAUUAGAACAAUUCCUAGGUUCAACAAUAGGUUCAUUAGGUUUAUUCAUCGAAUCAUUAUUACCCUUACCGCAAAUUGCCAUCCUCUAUAAAUUGAAAUCAAUCCAGGGGUUUAAGUUAAUCCUAUUGGUUAGUUGGUUAUGCGGUGAUACAUUAAAAAUUACUUAUCUUAUCUUCGGAGCUAAAAACAUAUCAAUUUUAUUUUUUCUAUUUGCAUUCUUCCAAAUGUCUUUAGAUUUUUAUAUUGGAGGACAGUAUGUUUAUUAUAAAUACUACUAUAAAGAUCAUGAUAAUUAUGAUGACGAAAUCUAA